CAGGGCCCCAUGGGGCAGCAUGGGUGUGAGCGGCCCCACCCCCAGCCCUGCCUGGCCGAGUGGAGAUUUCGCAGGGUUGUUACCUUUGCACCUGUCCUUAUUUACAUGCAAAAUCAAUUGCUUCACUCGGUACAGGGUGUGGGCAGAAUCUUAUCUGAAGCCAUGUCCUGUUUGGACAAGUUGGACUCGCCUUGGCAGCUCUCCAUGGGGUGGAGCAGAUGGGUGGAGGGAGGAAAGUAAAACGGGGUGGCUUGUUGGCAGGGAGGGCGGAGUGUUUGCUCGCUGGCUCGGUCCACUUCAUCCGAGAUGGACUAAUUCAGUGCUCUCCCCUUCACAAAACGACGGCCGAUGCGCACGGCCCGUGCAAAGCCUCCGAACCUAUGAGGGGCAAAGACUUGGGAGUAGCCCGCGGAGUUUUUCCCCUUUCUAACCGGCCACAGAGAAGGACUGAGGCCAAACUCCAGAACACCCUAGAGAGUCCAGCUAGAAGAAUGCUCAUGUUUGACCCGGUGCCUGUCAAGCAAGAGGCCAGGGACCCUGUCUCCGUGUCCUACCCAUCUAAUUACAUGGAGUCGAUGAAGCCCAACAAGUAUGGGGUCAUUUACUCUACACCAUUGCCUGAUAAGUUCUUUCAGCCCCCAGAAGGCCUGUCGCACGGGAUCCAGAUGGAGCCGGUGGACCUCACGGUGAACAAGCGGAGCUCGCCGCCUUCCGCUGGGAAUUCGCCUUCGUCCCUGAAGUUCUCGUCCUCGCAUCGCCGAGCCUCGCCCGGGUUGAGCAUGCCUUCCUCUAGCCCGCCCAUCAAGAAAUACUCGCCGCCCUCGCCAGGCGUGCAGCCCUUCGGCGUGCCGCUGUCCAUGCCGCCGGUGAUGGCAGCUGCUCUCUCCCGGCACGGCAUCCGGAGCCCAGGGAUCCUGCCCGUCAUCCAGCCAGUCGUGGUGCAGCCCGUCCCCUUCAUGUACACGAGUCACCUCCAGCAGCCGCUCAUGGUCUCCUUGUCAGAAGAGAUGGAAAAUUCGAACAGCAGCAUGCAAGUACCUGUAAUUGAAUCAUAUGAGAAGCCCAUAUUACAGAAAAAAAUUAAAAUAGAACCUGGGAUCGAACCACAGAGGACAGAUUAUUAUCCUGAAGAAAUGUCACCCCCUUUAAUGAACUCAGUGUCCCCCCCGCAAGCAUUGUUGCAAGAGAAUCACCCUUCAGUCAUAGUCCAGCCUGGGAAGAGACCUUUACCUGUGGAAUCUCCAGACACCCAGAGGAAGCGGAGGAUACACAGAUGCGAUUAUGACGGGUGCAACAAAGUGUACACUAAAAGCUCUCACUUGAAGGCACACAGAAGAACGCACACAGGAGAAAAGCCCUACAAAUGCACGUGGGAAGGGUGCACGUGGAAGUUUGCUCGGUCUGAUGAACUGACAAGACAUUUCCGAAAACACACUGGCAUCAAACCCUUCCAGUGUCCAGACUGUGACCGCAGCUUCUCCCGCUCCGACCACCUGGCCCUGCACCGGAAGCGCCACAUGCUGGUCUGAAGGCCUCUGCCGCCCACCACAGCCCCGUGCCCGCUCUCCUGGCUCUCGUCUGUCCUCCCUCCCAUUGUCUAACGCAUUUUUUACAUGUACAUUUUCAUCUGGAUUCAGCUGGUCUGAAUCUCUGAAUUUAUAUCAUUCAAAACUUCCGUAUGGUCAGUAGCAGACACUCUAACCCUCCCUCUCCUUACCACGGGUCAGACCUAAAGAAUGUGAACACUUUUUUUUUUUUUCCGGGGAUGCUAAGCAAACCCUUCUUACAGACACGUUUAAUGUCAUGAGAACAAGGGAACAUGUAAACUAACACGACCAGUUGUCAGUUUGUCCGUGUAUGCCUCAAAAGAAUGUCAAAGUAAAUGUAUUAGAAACACAGUACACAGCCUGCUAAUCCUUGCCAGAGCCUUCGUACCUCUGUGCCCUGUGAUCGCAGUGGAUGCCCGGCAGCGCCAGCAGGGGCGGUCCCCUCACCGGUUAGCACAAGUGCAGCGAGAUGUCAGAGCUAGUGCGGUCAGCUCUUCCGGUGUCCUUCGCAAAGCCUGCUGGUUGGCCUGGAGUUACCGCUGCUUCUCAUCAAGGUCUUGGCCCGACUCUGUGCCUGCAGCUCAGACGGAGUUCUCUGCCAUCGAGGGGAGACGAGCCAGAGCUGCCGAUUUAGGUGGGUGACAUGUAGAGUUCAAGGGAUGAUGCCGUGCUUCCGUAGCCUGGAGUAGCAGCAGAGUGGCCUUGAGGAGGGAAGGGGGGCGGGCACAAAGGAGGAAGGUGACAGUCCCUCCCAUUAUCGGGGUUGUCACUGAGGCUGCAGCCUUUGCUUAGCUGUGCGGUGCAGUCUCCCAGCCUCAGUCUCCGCACUCAGCUAUGCAAAGCCACACAGCCAAGCCAGACACCAGUGGGGUCAUCCAUGCAGCGAUCUCCACUCCUGCGUGACGCAGUGGUAGCAGGGAGUCUGCAAACACAUGGGCUCCGUAGCAGUAAAAAGGCUCUAGGGGGAGAGCGUGGGUGGUCUUUCUCUUACACCCUGUUCGUGGCUUUGUUUGCAAACAGGGAAAUGUUGAGUGGUACUUAUAUUCCCAUAUCAAGUUAAUUGCCUACUUUUGAUGCAGAAGCUCUUCUCUGUGAGCUGUAGGGUGCCAAAUCGGCUGUCAUUUGUGGUCAUGACAGACAUCAUCUAGAAGCAUCUGCUAACGCUCUAGUCAAUCCAUCAGGGAAGGCCCGAGUGUCCCUGUUUGCAAAUACAACUCAUUGUGAAGCACACAGAUCUUUAUUUUGAGAAAUGUAGAUUUAUGAAAAAUAGAGAAAACCACAGUUCAGGGAUUUAUAUAUAUGUAGCUCAAAAAACUCCCAAAAAUUUAUUAGUGGAGCUAGCAAUUUCCUAUCAUUACCAAGUAUACUGUCAGAAGAAUAAACUGAAAAAAAAAUCAUAAUAAUGACUCGUGUUUAUGUUAAAUAUAAAUAGCACCGUUAUUGGGGGAAUUUUUUCAAAAGCAGGCUUUUGAGCACCAUGAGUCGUCUAAAUGCCAAUAAAAAUUCAUACACAUAGAUGCCAUUGAUCCUAAAUUUGAAGAAAGUGGGCGACGGUGGUCGAGUGUGGGUGCGUGUAACCGAAUGCCCCUUCGUCCCUCCAUGGAGGAUGGAGGAGGAGAAGAGAGAAGAAUGGAGUCCUCAGCCCAGCCACAACUUAGGAUCCAACACAACUUUGAGUGGGAGGAAUGCGCUGUCGCAUCGUCUUUAAAACAUCCGUGGACGAGUGAUUCUGGAGGCCUGUGACUUCUGUGGGGGGCUUGCUUUGAUGGCCCUGUAUUAAUAAGCGUUAGUCCCUAAGAGGCCCUACUCACCCGCCCUGGAACCAGCCGAAAGGAAAUGGAGUUGAGAGAAGGCAAAGAAAUUUGUUAUCUUGGCACUUGGGUUUGAUUUUCUUUUCGUUUCUUUUUUUUUUUUUUCUCAGCACUGCAAAAUUUGUUUAGAAUAUGGAAACGUUGUAAUUGGACUGUUUCUUUUUUUUCUUUUUCUGCAACUAUGACGUGAAUUGAGGAAUAAAAAUGGCUCUUGGAAAAAUAGGUAUUGUCUGUAUUGUAAAUGCUUAGUCACGUUCCUGUCAAAAUGUUCAUCUCUUGAGAUAGUUUUUCCACUGCACAGCGAGAAUCCAGCUGGCAUGCAAGGAACUCUUGUCCUGAUAGGGGUGACCAGACUCUGGUUGAAAGGGAAAGGGGGCUAAGGAAGGGUACACUGACCUUUGAGUCAGCUUUGAGGCUGAGUCCAGGUCAUAGAAACUUCAUGGAUUCUCAGGAGAUUUGAUGUGUUUGCUAUGACAUACAUAAAUUUUUUCAAAAGAGCAAGCAAGACCCUGCAGACUGUAUCAUUCACAUUGUUCACUAACAAAUAUCAUUUUAAUUCUGAAAGGAAAGUAACCCAGAGAAGCUGUUCUCUGUUCCCAUGCUGGUCAAUAUCUUUUAGUAUGCGAUUGGCCUUUACCAAAUUUUUUCUUAUAUAUAUUUGUAUUUUGCUAUAAUAGUUGAGAAAUUUAGUUUCUUAGUCACUUUUAGCUGUUCUUAUGGAAGACCUCAAAUACAAGAUGAGAUGCCCUUGAACAUGUGGUUUCAAUGAUAUACCACACUACUAUGGAUGGUGAUUUCAAUUGCAGUGUUUUAAGUAAAUGAAAAUGAUUUGGUGAACGUGGAGUUGGUCUCAUGUACAUUCUAUUUGUUAGAGAUUUUCUGCAGUUGUUACUCCAGUGUCAUCUUGGAGAAGAAGUUAGAAAAAUCCAGUAAGAAUCCAUCAUAGUUUUGAAAUGUGAAUCUAUAUCAUAAAUGGGCAUUAACAUUCUAAAUCACUUGGUUUGGAGAAUGUGUUAGCAGCAUGGCUACAUUGAACUAAGGAGAUGUUAAAUACACAGAAGUUUCAAGAGCCUUGGAACAGAAUGAAAGGGGACUAUAUAUAUGUGUGUAUAUCCUGUUAAACACCCAUCUGCACUAUCAGUAUUGCACUAAUGUGGAAUUUGAAAGGCUGUAUUACUGAUACUGUAUAUCUGCACGUCAUUCCUGAUUUAGAUUGUUUUAAAGACAAUCUGAAAGAUCUAAGGUUUUGAAAGAAUUUGGUCUGAAAAUAUACAGUUGUCUUGAAGGAAUUGCUAUCAUACAUGAAGUUACUCAGUUUUUAUUCUCUUCUUGGUCAAAGGUUAACAAUUUAUAGAUGAUUGCAAAUUCACUUAAAUAAUACAUUUACAAAGCCAUUUUACAUGCAUUAAACGAGGGCUACAAAAAUAUCAUUUUACGAAUACUAGCACUUUUUUUCUCUGUUAUGUACUUAGUGUUAGAGGGUCAAAGUAAUCUUUCUGCUUAGCAUCUCUUAAACCAUACCUGCAAGUAUAGCAGGAUUAUUACAUUUACAGUACUUUAAUACUUGUAUAAACUAUGCAGAAAUUUUUAAUAAAGUGUAAUAUAUUUUAUAAGCUAAUAAGACUGAAUGGGUAAAGGUUUUUAGCAUGCAUUAGUAUACUUGCAAAUACUGAAACAUUUUGGUAAUCUUUCUUACUAAAGAUGUGAAUGUUUAAUGUACCUUCUCUGUUUCUACUCUGUAGUCCAAUGGGAAUUCAGUAAUGACAUUUUGUCAUGUCAAACUGUGAACAUAAAUUUGUACUGUACAGUCCUCAUAUACUAUAUACAGUAUGCAAUAUAUGUAUUAUAUACUUGUUAAUAAAACCAUCAGAAUAUUAAA